AUUUCUUUGAAGAUGACACUUCUCAGUGAGUGAAUAGACAAGAAGUUUGGUACCUAAUAAUUAUCUCUAAUCAGAUCCUUUGACUGUUCAGAAACUCAAGAAAUGAAAAUGUACCUAAAACCCAGAAAUAGUACCUUAUUCUUCUUCUCCAUCGCGUUUCACCUUUCCAUAUGUUUCAGCGAAGAUUGCGGUGAGAGUUACAAUUGCGGCGAAUUAGUAAACAUCAGGUAUCCCUUUUGGGGGAAUAAGAAGGAGACAGUAUGCGGGCAGCAAGAAUUCAAACUGAAGUGCAGGAACAACCAAACCACCACAAUUUACAUAAACUCUUUCGAAUACAACGUUCUGAGAAUCGACCAAUCGAAUAGUAGAAUGAGGAUAGCAAGAUCAGACUUGUUCGAGAAUUGCUGCCCAGAAAAGGAAAUCCAAGUGGCGACUAUGAAUGGGCAUCGGUUCGUGUAUUCUUCCAACAAUCAGAAUAUUUCGGUAUGGUACAAUUGCUCGACGGAUAACGAAAUUCAAAUUCCAGAUACUUACAAAUUUUGGUGCGGUGGGAAAUGGGAAAAGCUUCGGAGACCGAAUUAUGCAUUCGAGCCGUCGGCGAAGAGUUGGAGUCUAGAAAGGGGGGAAUGCGGAAUGAACAUAGAGGUGAUGGUCACGAGAGAGGGGCUGAAAGAAGGUAUAAAAGAGAGGAAAAGUUUGGUGGAGAAGGCUGUGAAAUGGGGUUUCGAUGUGGAAUAUGAGAAUUGGUAUAAGGAUGCUUGUAAUGAAUGCAAUGAAAAUGGAGGAAAAUGUGGAGGGAACAACACGCAUCCAUACUACUGCAUUUGUACCAAUGGAAUUGCUAGUUCCUACGACUGUAAAGCUCCUCCUCCUCCUCUUCCCCCUCCUCAUGCUCCUAAUAUUAUUAAAGGAUCAUAUGAUACUUGGAAGAAGAUUAUGAUAGGUGUUGGCUCUGGUUUAGGAGGCAUAGUGAUUAUGAGUCUAAUCUUCUUAAUUAGGAAUCGUUUGAACAAAAAUAAGCAUCCCUAUGCUUCUUCCUCCAUUCUCCUUCCAAAUAAUUCUCGUGAUCGUCUAAUGAAGGCACUUGAUCAGCAUGGAGAAAAUUCCGUGGCUGUUCCUCUCUUCUCUUAUCAAGAACUUGUACGAGCUACAGACAAAUUUAACACCACCAACGAACUUGGAGAUGGUGGCUUUGGCACCGUCUACUAUGGCAAACUCCGAGAUGGACGUGAGGUUGCAGUUAAAAGAUUGUUUCAAAAUAGCUAUAGAAAAGUUGAGCAUUUCAUGAAUGAAGUGGAGAUCCUUACUCGUUUGCGCCACCCACAUCUAGUCACUCUUUAUGGAUGCGCCUCUCAACGAUGUCGUGAACUAUUUUUGAUUUAUGAAUUUGUACCAAAUGGUACAGUUGCCGAUCAUCUUCACGGCAUCCAAGCAAGACCAGGUCAGCUUCCAUGGCUUACAAGGUUGAAGAUUGCCAUAGAGACAGCAAGUGCUCUCGCUUUUCUCCAUGCUUCAGAAACCAUCCACCGCGAUGUUAAAACCACCAACAUUCUCGUUGACAACAACUUCAAUGUCAAAGUUGCCGAUUUCGGACUGUCUCGUCUUUUUCCUACACAAGUGACACAUGUUUCAACUUCUCCACAAGGAACUCCAGGAUAUGUUGAUCCAGAGUAUCACGAAUGUUAUCAACUGACAAAGAAAAGCGAUGUGUUUAGCUUUGGAGUCGUGUUGGUUGAGCUGAUAUCUUCAAAGCCAGCAGUUGAUAUCACUAGGCACAGGCAUGAGAUUAAUCUAUCGACAAUGGCAAUCAACAAGAUCCAGAACAACGAAUUAGACGACUUCGUGGACCCAUGUCUUGGAUUUAAAACAGAUGAAAGAAUCAGAGACAUGAUAUGCAGAGUAGCAGAGUUGGCAUUUCAAUGCCUUCAAAGUGUGAGGGAUACAAGACCCUCAAUGUUGGAAACACUACAAAUUUUGAGAAACAUAGAGAAUAGAAGUUAGAAGAUGUGGGAAUUCAAGAGAAGACAGAAGAUAAGAGACAGUCCCCAGAUUCUGCCAUUGUGCUUUGGAUUACCAAACUUCAACACCAAAUGACAGUGGUCGAGUUUUAUUUGUGGUUUCAUGGUAAAAGAAAAUACAUGUUAAACCUUUCAAAAAAACAUUAUCUUUAUCAUCCAUUAAUCUCAAUACAGAUACAAAUACGAAUAUUAAGACAGUGAGAGCCAAAAUUUA